CAACCCAGGGGGCUGGCGCCAGACUUUUUGAUCUAGCAGUUCUGGGGCAAGAGUUGAGAAUCGUUUGCAUUUCUAACGAAUAUCCCGGUGAUGAUGCUGGUCUGGAGACCACACUCGGAGAACCACUGGUGAGUAGUAACCAAGCCCUAGUGAAUGUUCACCCCUGUCCUUCAGAGCUUCAAGCCCUUCUCACACCCCUGCCCCACGUCCCUGUUUUCUACUCCAGGAAGAGAUGCUGAAGCCAGCCCACUUCCUGCUGCUGCUGCUGCUGCUCCCGGGGGCCCCCAGGCCAGGCCUCCCCCAGAAGUUCUACAAAGCCAAGUCCUUGGUCAGCUGUAUCAACACAGCCCUGCCGGAGGCCAAGCAGAGCCCGCUGGGGGACGCACCACUGCUGAGCAAGAGAAGCUUCCUCUACCUGCCCAGCCAAGACCCAUCCUCAGGAGAGGAUGAGGAGCGGGUGCAGGAGGAUGAGGACAAGAAGAAGAGGACCUUCCCCAGCUCCGGGGGUGGUGGCGGGGCCGGAAGUGGCCGGUACAAACACCUGUCCCCGGCGCAGCCCAGGGGAAGGCCGUCCCAGGACAAGGCCAAGAGCGAUCGGCGCACCAAGUUCACUCUGUCCCUCGACGUCCCCACCAACAUCAUGAACAUCCUCUUCAACAUCGCCAAGGCCAAGAACUUGCAGGCCAAGGCGGCUGCCAACGCGCACCUGAUGGCACAGAUUGGCCGGAAGAAGUAGAAGCAGAGGCCGGCGGGAGGAAGCGCACGGUCAAGGGCAGGGGUGGAGGUCGGGCCAGCUGCUCCGUAUAUUGAGGGAUGGGUCCAGCUCUCCACGCUGCUUCUCUGCUCGCCCCCUCCGCUCCUCCUCUGCCCCCAGCCAGCUCCCUCCUCCCCUGCACACAGACACAGAAGAACAGCACUGCCACCCUGCACAGACAGGAGGCCCGUAACCCCUCUCCCUACAUUUGAACUCUCCUUCCUCCUUCCCCGUGACGGGAGACAAAGGUCCUGCUCUCCACGCUCCUCCUCCACGCCCCACACACCAGCCCAGCCAGGAGAGGCGUCGCAUCGCUCACCAUCCUGACUUAGGGCCCCUUCCCUUCCCUCUUUCCCCCAUUAAAACCAAUGGCU